AGGAGAGUCCCCCGGGAAGAGGGUGAGGGAAGAGAGCCUGGCUCUCCAAAGAAGCCCCCUCUCCAGGGCAGACCUUACUAAGAGGUUGCUACAGUGGGGGUAGGCAGGAGAACUUGAGGGUGUCUGUGGGUUUCCCCUUGCUCCAAAUUUUCCUACAAGCACUUUCACAUGCAGAGGGGACUCUCUAACGGUCAUAAAAAGGAAUGCCACUCUUGAUGUCAGAGGGCAGGGGCAUGGGGAAUGUCGGGGAAGUGGGAGGAUGUGGGCACCAGGGGGUUAAUCCCCAAUGGUCCCAGGGGCCUCCCCCACCAAGCUGGGGGCUUUGGGGGCAGGAAGUCCCCGAGAGAGUGGAGGAAGGGAGAUAGUAUUGUCAGGCUCAGGCCCCAAGGGAGAGAUUAUGGGGGCCAGGGGGAGGGGAGAAUGGGGGAAGGGCUACUCCGGUCCCCCAGCCCACACCCGCUCCGCCCUCAGGUGAGCCCAGGAGUUGUCAGGGAGGCCCAGGUAAGGCAAAACCCGCAGAUCCUUUGCCCCCCACCCCCACCCCCAGGAUUAAAUUCCUGGGAAGAUAGCUGGAACUGUCUUGGAAGCCUGAGUCCCAGGGGGAGAGGGCUAUGACCUUGAAGCUUUACAGCGUCCCCCCUCCAAGCCGACAGCUCUGGAUGGCCAGGAAGGGGGGCGGCGGUGAGAGCAGGGGGAGGCGCGUGGUGGGGAAAGCAGCCGGCCUACUGCGCUCCUUGCCCGCCCCCCCACACCAGCUGUCUCGACAGGUCCCAGGGACCCCCAAAGCUGUCCCCCCCCCAUCCCUCCUGGAGCCCGAGUUGAGAUCGUGGGGUGGUCUGCCUAAAUCCUGGCCUCCAUGCAUGGAGUAUCUGCCAACUUGGAGAUUCUCUGAAAAAGUGAAGAAAUUCGGGAGUCCUCGGAGCGCCCCCAAAUCUGAGGGCUCCCAGGAGAACCUCACCGGCACCACCCCGAGCCUUAGGAGUCAUGGCGAAGUGGUCAGUAUUUGGAACUCGUCCAAGGGGGCUUGGCCUCAAAUCCGAGGCCCCCAGUGCCCUGUCCCCAAAUUCCAGCCCGGAGCAAGCUGGGGGAGGGGGACAAAGGCGGGGCGAGGAGCCCGCGCGGAGCGCGGAAGGGUUUGGAGGCAGUUCGAGGCUCACCUCAUGGCUGCUCAGCGGGCGGGCGGCGCACCCACGGGUGGGUGCUCCCGGGGCGCCCCUGGCUCAAGGUUCAGGGGUUCAGGGCUGGUUCCAGAUUCUGCUCAGUCUCCCCCAGGGUCCCGCCCCAUAGAGUCCGGCUUCCUGGGGGGAACGUGGACGGGGCCGGGGCGGGUCCUCAGGCGCCUCCUCCCUCUGGAGGUUUGGUCGGGGGGUCCCUGCGGCAGAAAGGGGGUGCGGCGUCCCGUUCCCGGCGCGCCCCGUCGGCCGGCGGCGGGUACAAUGUUACUCUUACUACUGUACUUCUCUUCGCUACAUUUCGUUCCAAAAUUCCACUCCCCGCACCCACAAUGCCCUGCGCCUUAAAGGGGCCGCGGGCACCUCAAGGCAGUUGGUGGGGGGUGGUGGUGAAGGGCGCUUAAAAGGGCAACGCGGAACCCUAGACUUCCGCUGUUUACCUCUUCCCCAACGUUAUUGCAUAGGAAUGCAUGCCGAGAGUCGCCCCCAAAUCAGGGGGGUAAGUUUGGUGGAGGGUAAGGGUUCCUUCCUGGAUCCCUCGUUCUCUCCCACGAUGGAAAUUCCUAGGAGGAUCUUAAUGGGGACACAAUUUCUUCUCACCCUCCCCUUCGACUUCUCCAUUUCUUCACGUUCUGCUUAAUUUGGGGUGGGGGGGAGCGAAGAGGAUCCUCUGGUUAAAUAGAUUCUCUCAAAUUUUUCUCCCUUAAAGGCUACCUUCAGACCUCCAACGUCCCCCCUCCUCUGCCAAUUUAUGAAGAGUUACUGAGGGGUGAACCCCUUCCCCAGCACUGG